UGUCUCGCUGUAUUUUUGUGAAUAUUCUUGAUCUCGAGCAUUGCAAUUUGAAGCGUCAUCCUUCGCGUGUCGUUCGCAACCCACCUGCAUCGUCGUCGGUGGCGUGUGAUGUCAGCACCGCCCUUCGAGAACCAUCAAGUAGAAGAGACCACCGAAAGCAGCAGCAGCAGCCCCUUUGCAGAACUCUUCUUCUACUACCUGAACCACUUUCUGAGUCUCUGCGCCCAGUUCCUCGGACUCAAACCGUCCCAGUUCCAGCAGCAAGGCGUCCAGCAACCCGAAGUACACGCGCCGGAAUUCCUGGCGCAGGCUGCCGAGUGGUUUGCGUUCGACGACUUCCAGGUCAAGCUGCUCAAGGGUUUCUGCCUGGUGCUUUUCUUCAACGUCCUGUUCAUUUCCCUGGCUUGGAGCUACUACGGCCCUAGCAUUUCGGACAAGUUGAUGCGCCCUGGCACAUCAAAGUCCAUCUUGGAACUGAAAAAGAGCGUUUCGCAGUUGAAACUCCCCACCGAACAUACACCCAGAAUUUGAAACCACAAAAUAUAAUCAUGCCGGAUCCCAAGGAAAAUAAGGAGAAGUUUGGCAACAAACUGUCCAAGUUCUUCAAGAACAAGAAAAAUGAAGCCAAGAUCAAGCUGGGCAUGACCGGUCCUGGCCACCGCUUGGGCGACACAAGUUCCCAGCAAAGUUCAUCCAGUUCUGGCUCAGGUAGAAGAGGAUCUCCAGCUCCAGUGGCCAAAAGGGCUGAGACAUCCAGUGAAGCAAAACAAGCAGGAGCCGCAGCACUGGCCAGAUUUGAGAAGAAAGACACUGGUUCUGUUUUUGGAACAUCUCUUGCUUCCAUUAGGGCUCAGGCUCGCCGAGAAAUGGAAGCAGAACAGGCGGCAGCUGCUGCAGGAGUUGCUGUCGAGGAGCCGAAAUCUCCGCAGUCUCCAAAACAAGAUCCCGAGCGUUUAGCUGUUUCUGGAAUUUACUUUGCUUGUCCCCUGAUUGGCCCUGAAAUCUUGACCAAAGAUGAGUGGAACAAGAAAAUCCGAGAAUUCCUGUACGAGCAGUUGGAACACGAACGGGCGCUGACGGCCACUCUGAUGAUCCACACAUUGACCAAAAACAAGGAGAAAGUUGAGCAGUGUGUCAAGACAAUCCACAGGAUGUUUGACAACAUAAUCAACAACCCUGGCGAAGAAAAGUACCGCAAGGUCAAGAUCGAAAGUCGUGCCUUCCAAGACAAAAUCAAAGAGGUGGAAGGUGGGCUUGAAUUGCUCCUCGCUGCUGGCUUUGAAGAGAAAGACAUUGAAACUGCUCCGGGGCAAACAGAAAAGUUCCUCGUCUUCCCGGAAGAGAAAUUAGGGGAUAUAGAGCAAUUGACGCUUUUAUGUGAUGCUUUGGAUUCGGCCGAACCAAUCUCUCUGGAACUUGACCGAGGCUUGCAAGUUUUGCUGCCGUCUCAAGCGUCUAAGAGGCAAGAGCUGCCGCCAGCCUUUUUUAGACUUACUGCUGAAGAACUUAGAAAAGAGUAUCAGCUAAGAGCUGAAGCUAUGGAACGAAGCCAAAUCUUGAGGACCAAAGCAAUGAGGGAGCGUGAUGAGCAGAGAGAAAUGAAAGUUUACAAAUACGCUAUCAUUAGGGUUCGAUUUCCAGAUGGUACCUUACUGCAGGGCACCUUCAAUGUCUACGAAAAACUUGAGACUGUGCUGGCUUUCGUCAGGGAGAAUUUGUCCUUCGGAGACGAAGAAGAACCAAGACCCUACGUUCUGACCACCCCCACAGGACAGAAGUUGGUUGAAGGUGGACCUGAAUCUGGCAACAUGCUGCUGGACCUCAAAUUGGUGCCAGCGACCAUACUCAACUUUGCCUGGAGCAAACCGUGCGCGCCCGGCACAGAGGAAGCAUUUUUGAAACAAGAAAUUCUCGCUUUGAUGUCGGAAAUUUGAUAAAAUUAGGCUGAGAUUGAGGAGCAGCACCCAAUUAUUCCAGUUUACCACAAAAUGAGGAAGAGACUCAAUCCUAUAAGCUUAAAACUGUUUUGUGUGCUUGAAAUGUUUAAGUUUAAUUAUUCUUGUGAUUCUUGUCACACACUGAUAAUAAAUUGUAAUUUUCAUCUGCAGCAUAAAAA